CACAGAGAGAGAGAGAGAGAGAGAGUUUUGAAACAGACGAAGACAGUGGGAGAGAGAGAGAGAGAGAGAGAGUAGGGUAGGGUCCGGUGGAGUGGAGAGUAAAGGAGUUAAAAGUAAGUAGGAGACGAGGAGUGACCGCACCAUGGAAGCUCAGUCGCAGCAGCAGCAACAGCAAAUCGGAGUGAAGAAGAAGGAGACACGAGGCCGAAAGCCUAAACCAAAGGACGACAAGAAAGACGAACAGCAAGCCAAGAUGAAGAAGGCCCAGCAACAGCCCUCUGUCGACGACAAGUACAGCCAGUGGAAAUCCCUCGUCCCUGUUCUCUAUGACUGGCUUGCUAACCAUAACCUCGUCUGGCCCUCUCUCUCUUGCCGAUGGGGUCCCCAGCUUGAGCAAGCAACUUACAAGAAUCGUCAGCGUCUUUACCUUUCUGAACAGACUGAUGGUAGUGUUCCAAAUACUCUGGUGAUCGCAAAUUGUGAAGUUGUCAAACCUAGGGUUGCAGCCGCUGAGCACAUAUCACAGUUCAACGAAGAGGCACGCUCACCAUUUGUCAAAAAGUACAAAACCAUCAUACAUCCAGGAGAGGUGAACAGAAUUAGGGAACUUCCACAGAACACCAAGAUAGUAGCCACACAUACUGACAGUCCCGAUGUUCUCAUUUGGGAUGUUGAAGCUCAACCCAAUCGCCAUGCUGUAUUUGGGGCUACAAACUCUCGUCCUGAUUUGAUUUUGACUGGACAUCAAGACAAUGCAGAAUUUGCUCUUGCAAUGUGCCCGACUGAGCCCUAUGUACUCUCUGGAGGGAAGGACAAGUCAGUGGUUUUGUGGAGUAUUCAGGACCAUAUAUCGGCAGCCGCCGCGGACCCGGGAGCAACCAAAUCACCAGGAUCUGGUGGAUCAAUUAUUAAACAGAACUCUAAGCCCGGAGAAGGUAAUGAUAAAACUGCUGAUAGCCCUUCUGUUGCACCAAGAGGAAUUUACCAUGGGCAUGAGGACACUGUUGAAGAUGUGACAUUUUGCCCAUCUAGUGCGCAGGAGUUCUGUAGUGUUGGGGAUGAUUCCUGCCUCAUAUUAUGGGAUGCACGAGUUGGCACCAGCCCUGUUGUUAAGGUUGAAAAAGCACAUAAUGCUGAUCUACACUGUGUUGAUUGGAAUCCUCAUGAUGAUAAUCUUAUUCUAACUGGGUCAGCAGAUAAUUCUGUUCGCAUGUUUGAUCGUCGUAAUCUGACUUCCGAUGGAGUCGGGGCACCUAUUCAUAAAUUUGAGGGUCACAAAGCUGCUGUUCUUUGUGUUCAGUGGUCUCCAGACAAAUCAUCUGUCUUUGGAAGUUCUGCAGAAGAUGGUCUCUUGAACAUUUGGGAUUAUGACAAGGUUGGUAAAAAGGUAGAGCGAGCAGGAAGAAACACAAGUUCUCCUCCAGGCUUGUUUUUCCAGCAUGCUGGGCACAGGGACAAGGUUGUUGAUUUCCAUUGGAAUGCAUCUGACCCUUGGACCGUAGUUAGUGUAUCUGAUGACUGUGAUACUACUGGUGGAGGAGGGACAUUGCAGAUAUGGCGCAUGAGUGAUUUGAUAUACAGACCAGAAGAUGAGGUUUUGGCAGAGCUCGAGAAGUUCAAGUCGCAUGUUGUUGCAUGUGCUUCAAAGGCUUGAAGGUGUUGGAGCUGCUUGAGGAAAAUUCUGUGAACGAUCUGUACUAAUAUUUUUGUACUUGAAUUUAGGUAUUAUGUAGGGUAAUAUUUAUGAAAUGACUAGUAUAAGGGCAAAAUUGGAAAUUAAAUCUAAAGAACUAUAUUUUGAGCCACCUUUUGGGUGGCGUACCUGAAUUGCUUUGGUUAUUUUAAAAGCGUGUAGUACUCACGAUUUGAAUAUCUUGAUAACGGUAAGGUUUAAUUGGAUUUUUCUGCUUCUAUUAAUAGAUGAUUGUAUGGGUGGUUAAAUUA